GCUGGUCUCUAGGCUGAUCUCCAGGGCUUCAUGUUGACUCCCGCUGGUCUCCAGGCUGACCUCCAGGGCUUCGUGGCGAAUCCCGUUGGUCUCCGGGCUAACUUCCAGGGCUUCGUUGUGGGUCCUUUCGGUCUCCGGGCUGACUUCCAGGGCUUCGUGUCGAAUCCCGCUGGUCUCCAGGCUGACCUCCAGGGCUUCGUGUCGAGUCCCUUUGGUUCCCUGGACGACCUCCAGGGCUUCGUGGCGAGUCCCAUUGGUCUCCCGGCUGACCUCCAGGGCUUUGUGUCGAGUCCCGUUGGUCUCCAGGCUGACCUCCAGGGCUUCGUUGUGGGUCCUGUCGGUCUCCCGGCCGACCUCCAAGGCUUCGUGUCGAGUCCUAUAGGUCUCCUGGCUGACCUCCAGGGUUUUGUGGCGAGUCCCUUUGGUCUCUCAGCUGACCCCCAGGGUUUCGUUUCGUGGCCCAUCAGCCUCCAGAGCCUCAUCGUGGGUCCCAUCAGCCUCCCGGUUCCUGCUCUGCCACAGGCAGGUACUUGCUCCACUGCCUGUGUCUCAGGUCCCAUCGACCUCCCAGCCAGGCUCAGGAGGUCGGCUGGGAGGUCGACAGGACCUGCGACAAGGCUCAGGAGGUCAGUCAGGAUGGGAUACAUCCCCAGCAUCCCCAAGGUUCCCGCUCUGCCGCCAACGUCCACCAAGUCUGCUUUCACUCCCUCCACUCACACCUGCUCAUCAACCCAGGUCCUGCACAAUGAUGCACUUGGUAGCACUGUUGUCUUGCAGCAAGAAGGUCCUGGCUUCAAUUCCCAGCCCCGGGUCUUUCUGCAUGGAGUUUACAUGUUUUCCCAAUGCAUGCGUAGGUUCUCUCCGGGUACUCCGGCUUCCUCCCAAAGUCCAAAAGCAUGACUUUUGCGUUAAUGGAUUUCUGUAAACCCAUCCUUAGGUAUGGAUGUGUGCAUGCAUGGUUGUUUUGUCCUGUCUCUGUGUUGCUGGUGACCUUUCCCCCAGAAAACUUGCUAAGGUGGUCAGGGCGCUGAGGUGGUCCACUGGCGGUCCACUGGGUUUUUGUAUUAAAGAUGCUAACUAGAAAGGAAAAGUAAAAAUAUCACUGGGUAAUUAUAUGUUACGGGAAAACAGCGUCAGUGAAACGCUAUUUAAAUCCACAACUAGUCUUAAAAACAGCUAAUCAAAAAAUACAAUUAAAAUGAAUAUCAAUUA